AUGAAUUCUACGGAUGUGUCAUUCAUUUCUUUAUUGGGAUCCAGUGUCGACGCUUUUGGAAAUUCAACGACGACAACACCGAUACCAGCAUGUUUGAAGGAAAGGUCAAUUGCUGAAGUGGAAUCGUUUGAAACAGAAAAGGAUGACAUAAAACAGUAUACACCCAGCAAGAUGAUAUCCAAUGAACGGUGGACGAGAGCAAUAACAGAAGAAUCAGGUACGAAAUUGGUAGAAAGACAAAUACAUGCAUUAAAGGAACUUGAGACAAGCUUCACUGAAAAAGUCAGUUGUGAAAUUCCGAAAAUUCACUCAACAAAUUUUCUAAACGGAAAAUGGCAAAUUCGUGAAGAAAUAAGCUUAAAAAACUUGAAAGUUCCUAUUGUGAGAUCAGCAGUGAAACUUUCUUUCUGUGAAGGGAAUUUUAAAGAAAGCCCUGGAACUUCUUUCGCGUUACGUGGUUCCGUUCACACCGACUUAGGAAGUCUCUGUAAGUGUUUAGAUAUAGAAGAUAACAGGAUGUUGGUAUCGCCUGUACCCGAGUUUCAUGUGGGGAAAAACGUGAUUCUUAACGAUUAUGCGAUUACAGAAAUUCCGCUAUGUGUUCCAGCCAUGUCGAGUUCUUUGAAAGUACAUUGGAUGGAAACUAAUAAAAAUCAACCAAAGACAAUGGCAGAUGUACCUUUCGUACAGUGUCACCGUAAGACGGGUAUGGAUACAUUCUAUAUAAUCCCAGAGGGUAGAAACACUUGUGUACAUGUAUAUACCCGACAUUUCUCUGUGUUCUACUGUACCGCUUGUAAGGAAGAAAUACAAUUUAAAAUGGCUGCCGAGGUAUAUGCGAGAGAAGGUAGCAUUGACGGCUUUCCAACCUUACACGUGACGAUGCCGCUUCUUGGACCAUACGAAAUGUUAGAAGAUUGUCGGGAGGAACGGAAUAGAAGAAUGGAGGAAGUCAAUUUUAGAAGAAUCGACAGAGGUAAAAUCAGCACAUUGAAAUCUAAACACAGCACGGCACUGAGAUUCCAGCUGAAACAUCCACUAAACUGGGUUCACGAUAAAGAACAAGGGGAGGUCAUUUACGAAGAGGUACAGUUGAAUGAUGUCAUCUCCAAAACAACGGGACCACGAAAAAUCUUACAUACUAUUCGAGGGAAGCGAGUGUAUUUUAAAUAA